AUGGACGCAGAAGACGGUAUUCCUCGCUCAAUGUCACGUAAACCACCAUCCACCACAGCAACAUCAGCUUUAUUACGAACAAAUUCGGCUGACUCAAAUCAGAAUCAGCGCCUAAAAUCAACAUUGAAAAAACCUGUAGUAAAUCAGCGUACACUCUAUCCAAUAUCGAGUCGUUCAUGUGACGACUUAAAUAAAUAUCAACAACAGUCUGAAUUGACUGUACCCGUAUGUAAUUCAACAUUAAAAAUAAUUGAUCAAAUGGAAAAUUUAAGAUUUGAACAAUUUGAACCAGUUUUAACGACGACACAUGUUGACAAAAUAAAUGAAAAAGUAAAUAAAAAGCUCAAUUAUUCAAAUGAAAAAAUUUAUUCAGGAUUAAUUGACUUAGAACCCAAUAUCAAUGAACUUGUGACAAUGGCUGAACAACAAGAAUUACAAAAACGAAAACAAGCAAUGAAAUUUUUGGAAGAAUAUCAAUUAUUGCAAAAAAAACGUUUAAAACCCGAUAUAAUGGAACUAUUUGACGAGACAACGAUGGUCAAACAACCAGAACGUAUCAAUUUAAAACCAAUGAAAAUAAAUCGAACUAAAUCCAAACAAGCAACAAAUUUUUCUUUAACAAAUAUUAGAAUAGUAUUUAUUGGCGAUUCAGGAGUUGGCAAAAGCGCAUUUGUUCAGUCUGUUUGUCAGAAUAGCCAAAAAUCUCCACCUCCAACUAUCGGCUGCAAUAUUGAUAUUAAAAUAUACGAACGUCGCGAUCGUCAUGAAUUGUAUUUUAUUGAAUUUCAUGAUAUCAGUGGUCUUUACAAUCAUAAAAGUACACGAUCACUGUUUUACGACGAAUUUCAUGGUGUUAUUCUCGUCCAUGAUUUGACUAGUAAACAAUCGUUUGACAAUCUAAGAGACUGGAUCAUUGAAGUUAUACAAUACAAGUCACGACAAAGUUUUCCAACUGAAUUUUGUGAAGAUAUGUUGAAAGGUUUUGACAUUCCAGUAUUAAUUGUCGGAACAAAACUAGAUGAAAUAUCAAAUGGAAAAACGUUAACACCAAGCGGCAAAUUAAAUCAGUUAUCGCUACUACCGGAAUUUGAUCGUAAAUCAAAAUUUGCUAAUCUAUUCAAUUGUGAUGAAAUUGCUUUAAAUUGUUUGUCUGAUAAAAAACUUCUUUAUGAUUCACAGAAUUUGACAAAACUAAAUUCAUUCUUUGAAAAAAUGAUUCGACGUGUACCUUCAAUGCCCAUGGAUGUUCAAACGACAGGUUGGAUUCCAUCAGAAAAUCAUCAAUAUAUUAAUUGA